GUUUUCUGUUACUGUUUACCAUGUGGCUCUUAUCACAGCCAGAACUUCAGUCGGAGACAUGCUUGCAUUUGUGUUUUUUAAACGGAUUUGUCAUUUAAUUAACUUGGAUCUCGCUGAGUGCCAUUCUUUAAAACCGUUAGUGUUGUCCCAUUUAUUCCCUACGUGAAAAAUCCUGGUAAUUGUCUUCAUUUUGAUAAUCUUUCAUCCAUCAAGUAGUCGCAGUGUUAUAUCUUAUCCCCCAUGCAAUGGAACCUUCCCAAGAUCAAUCCACUAUAAAACUUGGGGAAUACAUUGUUCUCCAAAAGGGGAAUUUCAUGAAGAUACAUCAGCUAUCUAAAAAUAGCUGCGUUAUGCUUGGUAGGGACAAGAUUGAUUUAACAAGUAUUAUAGGUCAUAAGUUUUGGACCAAUUUCAAAAUGGUUCAUAAGAAGGGGUCCAAACGCGAGUUUGAACUUAUUGUCUGUGAUAAAAGUGAAAGCUUAUUAAAUCUAAUCGAUAAAGACGUUCGUGGCACUGAUAACCGUGACAUUUGGGAUGACGGUAGCUCACAGUUAAUGUCAGCUGAUGAAAUUUUCAAACUACGGGACAGAGGCUGCUCAGGCCAAGAUAUCGUAGGACAAUUACUUGAGAAUAGCAAAACUUUUCACUGCAAAACUGAAUAUUCACAGCAGAAAUACCUGAAAAAGAAAGAGAAAAAAUACUUCGAGUAUGUGGUUGUGCUACGACCAAAUAUUAGAGUAAUAGCUCAAAUUUUGUUUAGCAAAGAUCCUCAGAAAGUAUUGAACUUGAGGUCAGAUACAUUGUCUCAAAUUGUAACUGCUGUGAAUUUACAACCUACGGGAAAGUAUCUUUUGUAUGAGAAUGGUUGUCAAGGACUUGUCACUGCUGUGGUUCUCAAUCAUCUUGGAGGUAAUGGCCGUUUGAUUCAUCUAUAUCCAAAUUUACAUUAUCAGAAACAUGCAGUUCUUGCAAUGAACUUUCAGCAAAAAGAUCUAGAUUCCUUUAUCAGUGUAAGACUGUCCUCAUUUCUUAAGAAAAUGUUCCCCGAUUCAAGCUGUAAAGUCAGUGGUCCCUCUGUUGGAAACUGCAAGCUCAUCGCUUGUGAAAAUUCAAAUGAUCCUCAGCUGGAAUCUUCUGGUGGUCUCUCUUCUUCUGAAGUUAUCAAUGGUGACGACACUCAUGAAUGUUGUGAACGUGAUAAAGAUAUCAGCCCAAGAAGAGGAUGUCUUAACACUGAUGAUACGGAGGUCUCUACUGAAGAAAUUGACCCUGCACAUGAACCUCAAACAAGACAGUUCAUUGAGACAAGUCAAUCGAGUCAAGAACAGAAAUUAGAAGACUCUGCUCUUAUUUCUGAUGGCUGCAAACGGAAAUCUUCCACUGAUGACAAUGAUGCACCCUCUAAGAAGUCAAAGUGGGAGCUAGAGGUAGAUAAAGCAGUAGACAUACUGUCAACUGUAAAAGCAGAUGGACUCAUAAUCAUUUGCAAAGAGUACCCAAUUCAUCUCAUCAACAGGCUAAUUAAGCUGGUAGCAUUUUCCAGGAACAUGGUUGUCUACUCCAUGUACCAAGAGCCCAUUGUCAAGCUGUUCUGCGAGUUGAAGUUACGAAAAGACGUGAUUGGAGUAAAAUUGACGGAAUCGUUUCUGCGGAAUUAUCAAGUCCUGCCUGAUCGAACUCAUCCCGAGAUUAAUAUGAGUAGUUCUGGGGGUUUUCUGCUGACCGCAACAGUUGUCAGUCCAGAGGACUGCCCAUCAUGAUUCAGGGUGUUUUAUCUGUUACUAUGUAAAUUUUCAAGAAGAUGUUUUUUUUAUCAUAAAUUUUACAAUUCCAUUCAAAAAUAUUGCUUUAGACACACAAUUUCGUUUCAACUUCAUUCGUUUUCAAAAUUUCAGUAAACUAAAAAAUAAUGCAUAUCAUUUGAAUUGUCGUGAAGAGUUCAUCUACUAUGUUCCUCUUAUCUUCGACAUGCAGCUAAUAAGUUACAAAAGAAUUUCUCCCGAAGUUUAAAAAAUUAAGUCCAGUCAGCAUUUUCAUUUUGAGGACUGUUUUUCUAAAUAAACGUGACAAUUAUCUCUUGACUGAUUAGUCUUAUCCAAAAAAUUAUUUGAGUAAGUAAGUUGUAUUUCAUAUCAAUAUUUCAAACGGAGUCAUUGGUUUUGUACUGAACUUCAUCAACUUUGAUUCUUAAAGGAAGGAGAAAAAAGUCCAUUAAGAAUUUCCAAAUUUCUUUUGCAACUGCAAAUGUCACGCUUCUGAUUUUUAGGUCAAACCUGAACUGAGUAUUGAGAAGCACUUAGAAUCAACUUUAUAUGGUUUCUUGUAACGCUAACAUAUUCAGCAUGAAAGAAGAAUUUACUUUUUAGAAAUUUGGGAAGGUUCUGAGCUAAGUCGUUCUCACAGAACAAUGUAAGAGUACCACAAAAUGGUUUUGAUUAAUGCAAAGAAUUGAAUUGGAAAUAUGUAUUGUUCAAUCAACUUUAGAUAUUCUGUACAUAAAAUGACUGAAAAGCAAGUUGCGAGUUUGUCCAGUUAUUAUCCUUAGGGAGGAAAGGGGAUACAGGAAAAAAGUAACAAAUUUUACUCCAAACUAAGUAUGAAAAGAAAAAAUGUAAUAAGAAAAAUCCAUGAAUUACAAAUUGAAAAACCUACACUUACGAUUAGAAACACUAUCACAACUGAUGUGUGUAUUCAUUGAAUACCUCAAUAUUUAUGUCUGCAUAGUUUACAACCGAAAGUUCACCCCUACUGGGGGGAUGUAAAAUUCUGUACGUAUCUCCUGAUGAUUUUUUACCUACUUCACCUUAAAAUACAGAACUCUGAGAU